AUGCACCAAGAAAUUCGUGCUCUAAUUCAAAAUAGAACAUGGUUUCUUGUCCCUUGACCGGCGUCAAACCCUGUCCUUGGCUACAAGUCGAUAUUUCGACACAAAUUCAAACCUGAUGGCAUCAUUGAUCGCUACAAAGCACGGCUUAUUGUUAAAGGCUUUCAUCAAUAGGCGGGACUUGAUUUUCAUGAAACCUUCAGCCCUAUGAUUAAAGUUGCAACCAUACGUCUUCUUCUCUCUAUUGCUGUCAGCCGCAACUAGUUCAUUCGCCAACUAGACAUAUCGAAUGCAUGCCUCCAUGGAGACCUCACUGAGUUGUUCUAUAUGGCGCAACCCCAAGGCUUUAAACAUCCUCAAUUUCCGCACUAUGUAUGUCAACUCCAGAAAUCACUCUACAGCCUGAAGCAGGCCCCGAGAGAAUGUUUCCAUAAACUCACCACAUAUUUCAUCAAGCUUGGUUUCUCGGGAUCUAAGAUAGACACCUCAUUAUUCUUCCACUCCGUCAUCGAAAUCUAUGCGCUUAUUUACGUGGAUGAUAUCCUACUACUUAGCCCACAUAUGAAUGCAAUCCAAUCUUUGAUUCGCUCUCUCAAUUCUCAAUUCUCUGUCAAAGACCUCGGCCAGGCUCGCCACUUCAUGGGCGUGGAGUUUCUACCUCAUCCUAGUGGAUAUGUCCUCACACAAUCCACUUAUACUCUGUCGCUGCUGAAAAGAGCUCAUAUGGAUAGUUGUAAGCCCCUGCCCACUCCCUCUCCAACGUCUUCUCCAACUAUCACCUCUUCAUCCAUUGGCGAACCAUCUCACUAUCGGAGCAUUGUUGCCGCCCUCUAAUACCUGAGCAUUACAUGCCCAGAUAUCUCCUUCGCCGUAAACUCCGCCUGCCGAGCAAUGCACAACCCUCAACCAGCUAACUGAUGUCUCCUCAAGCAUCUCCUACGCUAUUUGAAGGGUACUCUCCACUAUGGGCUCCUACUGCGUCGAUCUACUAUGGAUCCACACUAUCUCUAUCAACAUUCAGUGAUGCAGACUGGGCUGGGUCCUCAGAUGAUCGGGGCUCCACCGGUGGCUUCCUCAUCUAUAUUGGACCUAAUCUCAUAUCCUGGAGCUCGAAAAAACAACCAACGGUGGCACGGUCCAGCACUGAAGCAGAAUAUAAGGCUGUGGCCAAUGCUGCAGCUGAACUUAUCUGGCUGCGAUCCCUUCUUCGUGAAUUGAGAAUCGUCACUUCGCCACCUACAAUCUGGUGUGACAACAUCGGGGCAAUUUAUAUGGCAGCUAACCCAGUCUUCCACAAACGAAUGAAACAUAUCGAAGUAGAUUUUCACUUUGUUCGUGAACAGGUUUCUUCGCAGUAA